AAAAGCGCAACAUGACAAAUAAAAGUGGGUGGAAGGAGUAUAAAAUCUAACAAAAUAGUCAAAAUCAUCCUAAAUAGCGAUUUUGUAUCCUAUGUGGCGUUUUACAUGUAUUAUGUCACAUAAGACGUGUGUAUUUUCUUGUUACAUUUUAUACAAUUUAAGUGCCUAAUUAUACACACUAAAAAUUAAAGGACAUAGAUUACAUCUAAAACAAAUUAAAGGGAUUAUUUAUAUAUCAUACCAAUACCAAUAUUGGGACCUUGCGCAUGUACAAGAUUUCCCUUACUACUAUAUAUAUACAUAUCACAUGGUAUAUACUUCAAUAUCAAUUUAGGGAAAAGAAGAGGUAGCACACAAAAAUGGACCUCUUCCUCCUCUCUUUUGCAACCACACUUACUAUAAUCAUCUAUUCUUUGUUCAAAUAUUUCUUUGCCAAGCCUAAAGAAAAAAUGCCUCUAGCUCCAGGCACCUUUGGUUGGCCUAUUAUUGGAGAAACCAUCCAAUUCCUUUUUUCACUUUACUAUGGAUUGGUCCAUGAGUUUGUUCAAGAAAGAACCAAAAAAUACAACUCUCAUGUAUUCAAAACCUCAUUACUUGGCCAAAAAGUUGUUGUUUUUUCAGGUCCAGCAGCUAACAAAUUCAUAUUCACUCGAGGUAAUAAGCUUAUCAUUGGUUGGAGACCUAAGUCUGUUCAAAAGCUCUUCCCAUCAACAUCAUUUGUCCCUAUUGAACAUGACACUAAAAGGGCACAUAAUGUCAUUAGCUAUUUUUUGAACUCACAAAAUGUUGAGAGACUUACAAGUACUAUGGAGAAUAUGUCACAUUUACACUUGAAAAAUCAUUGGAAAGGGAAAAAUGAAGUGAUGGUAUAUGAUCAAGUGAAGUUAUUCACUUUCUCCCUUUCUAUUAGAGCCUUUAUGGGGAUCGAGGAUUCGGAUAAAAUCUUGAAUCUUUAUGAAAAAUUCAAGAUUUUUACACAAGGUCUUUUGGCAGUGGACAUAAAUCUUCCUGGCACAACAUUUUAUAAGGCAAUGAAAGCUGGGAAUGAAUUAAGGAAACAAAUGAAGGUUAUUAUUAAACAAAGAAGGGUAGAAUUAUUUGAAAAUCCAAAUUUGUCAAAAGUUGAUGUGUUGACACAAAUGAUCAAUGAACAAGAUGAAGAUGGAAAGUACAUGACUGAAGUUGAAAUAGAGGAUAAAGUGUUUGGCUUCAUUAUUGGUAGUUAUGAUACUACUGCUACAACUAUUACUUUGACCAUGAAGUACCUUCAACAAAUGCCUGAGUUCUUCAAUGAAAUAAUUCAAGAGCAAAAUGAGAUAUCAAGGCAAAUGAUGCCAAGGAAAGAGCUAUGUUGGAAUGACAUUCAAAAAAUGAGGAAAACUUGGAGCUUUGUGAAUGAAGUAUUAAGAAACACACCAGUUGUUCAAGGUAUUUUCAGAGAAGCAAUAGAGGACUUCACUUAUGAAGACUUCUACAUACCAAAAGGAUGGAAGAUAUAUUUGAGUUUUGGAGCUACACAAAAGAAUGGUGAAUAUUUUCCAAAUCCUACAAAGUUUGAUCCUUCAAGAUUUGAAGGAAAUGGACUAGUUCCUUAUACAUCAGUUCCAUUUGGUGGAGGACACAGAAUGUGUCCUGGAAAAGAAUUUGCAAGAAUAUUGAUUCUUGUUUUUCUUCAUCAUCUACUUAAAAAUUUUAGAUGGGAGCCUAAGGUUCCUUUAGAAAAAAUACUGUAUCCUUUUUUCUUACUAGCCAUUCCAACAGAUGGGUAUCCUAUUACCCUUUCUUCUAUUUAAGUUUUUUUUUUUUUUAUGAAAAUAAAAUGUCAAAGUACGUUACCUAGUUAAUGUUGCUUCUUCAAAUUUAAUGCAAGAAUUAAUAAUUGUUGCUUACUAUUUCUAUGGAUUUUGAAGUUAUUUAAAGAGACAUUUGAAACACUUUUGGGCCAUAUAUACACUCAAGUCUCAAGCCCAAGUUUAUAAUAUACUACAAAGUUACUAAAAGAACUAUAACUAGGAGAACUUUUGGGCCAUAUAUACACUCAAGUCUCAAGCCCAAGUUUAUAAUAUACUACAAAGUUACUAAAAGAAGUAUAACUAGGAGAGUUAUGAUGAGGGAUAUUGAAGUACAAAUCAAUUUUCUUUGCAACAAAUUAAAAUAGAUGAUAUUUGUAAACUUGCUCACAGAAAUCAAGCACAUGGUGAAGCAAUUUUUUAUGUUUAUUUGUAUUUGUCUCAAGUCCCAACGACGAGGUUUCUACCAUGUUCAACUAUUUUUUUUACAAAAAUUAAUAAAAAUAUCAAUGCUAACAACAAAAAUUUCGAACAUGAUAAGCUAUUAAAGGGACAUACACAAUUAUUGUAUAUAAAGGGGGAAA